GAUGUUAAAUGUGUCAGCAGCUUUUCAAGUGGAAGUACUAUAGAUUCCUUGUUUCUUCAUUGCAUUUGCAUGGUGUUUUCUUCCUACUGAAGUAAGCUAGUUGCCUCUCAUUAGUAAAGCUACUUCAUUUGACUCUGUAAUUCUCAGAAGAAGGAUCAGUGGAUAUGAUGAUGGAAGGUGAAGGUAGUAGUAGCAGCAAGAAGAGAGGAGUUCAAAAUCAUGACAAUGGCUUCAUUAAUACUCUCUUUUCUUGGUCUCUUGAUGACAUUUGCAAUGAAAAUCUUUUCAGUCAUAAGGUGGAAAAAAUACCUGAAUCAUUUGAGUCUGUCACUCAGUAUUUCGAAUCAUUUGUUUAUCCUUUGUUGGAACAAACAAGGGCACAACUGUUUUCAUCCAUGGAGACCAUUUCAAGCGCACCUUAUGCUAAGGUGGAUGUUUUUAGGCCCCAUGGACCUGAGUUACAUGAUGUUAAGAUUGAUUACUGGAGGAACAGGUUCAGUAACAAUGGUAAAGAGCCUUAUAAAACUUUGCCGGGGGAUAUUUUAAUUUUAGCAGAUGCGAAGCCUGAAACUAUUUCCGACUUGGAGAGGGUUGGUAGAAUGUGGCCUUUUCUAUCAGUCAUGAAAAUCGCAGGGGAUGAUGAUGAAAAUGAUAACGAUACCACUUCUACUUACUUUAAAGUGAAGGCUUCAAAAAGCAUCCAGCAGUUUGAUGGGGAGAAAUCACUGUUUGUGAUUUUCUUGGCAAAUAUUACUACUAACAGAAGAAUAUGGAAAUCCUUGAACAUGUCUCGAAAUUUGAAGAUUAUCAAUGAAGUUUUACGCCGGAAUUCUGUGUUGGAGGAAAGUUGCCAAGUCUGUUCUGAACUGAAUGGAGCCAUCUUAUAUGAGAAAUUUGGUAGUGGUUUAUCAUCAACAUUGAAUGAUUCACAAUUGAAUGCAGUUCUUGCCUGUCUUGAUGGAGUGCGUUGUGAUCACAAGUCCUCUGUGCAACUUAUAUGGGGUACCCCUGGAACAGGGAAAACUAAAGCUGUUAGUAUGCUUCUCUUUACGCUGUUGAAAACAAAAUGCAGAACCCUUACUUGUGCCCCGACAAAUGUUGCAGUUACUGAAGUUGCUUCUCGUGUUCUGAAGCUGCUGAAAGAAUCGAUUAAAACUGACGACUAUGGAAGUGAGACUCUGUUGCUUCCUCUUGGAGAUAUUCUCUUGUUUGGGGGUAAGGAGAGACUCAAAGUUGGUCAAGAAAUAGAAGAAAUAUAUCUGGAUUAUCGUGUUAAAAGGCUUUCAGAGUGUUUUGGUGUGCUGACUGGCUGGAGGCAUUGCUUCUCAUCCAUGAUGGAUUUACUUGAAGAUUGUGUUUCUCAGUAUCACAUUUUCUUGGAGAAUAAAUUGAUAAAGAAGAGAGAAAGCAUUGACAAAAAUGAAGUCAAAGAGAAUAACAGGAAUAUGGAAAUGGAAGGUGACAAUGAGGAGUUCAAUUCAUUUCUUGAAUUUGUGAGAGAUAGAUUUAAACAUACUGCCACUCCUCUUAGAAACUGUGUAUAUAUCUUCUGCACUCAUAUACCCAAAAGUUUCAUUUUGGAAAGUAAUUUUCAAAAUAUGGUAGAUCUUAUCAGUUUACUUGAUUCUUUCGAAACUUUGUUGUUUCAAAAAAAUGUAGUUUCUGACAAGCUGCAAGAGCUCUUUUCACAUUCAGUAGCUGAAGAGUUUUUUCCAUCACCUUGGCAUAGAAAUUACUUGUUGCAGAAAAGGAGAGCUUCUGUAAUAUUUUGCACUUCUUCUAGUUCAUUUAAGCUGCAUUAUGUGGACAUGGAACCACUGAACAUUCUGGUCAUUGAUGAAGCGGCACAACUAGGAGAAAGUGAGUCGACAAUACCGCUGCAACUGUUCGGCUUAAAUCACACUAUUCUCAUUGGGGAUGAGUGCCAAUUGCCAGCAACGGUUAAAAGCAAGGUUUCUGAUGAAGCUUCCUUCGGUAGAAGCUUAUUUGAGAGGCUGAGCUCAUUGGGUCACUCUAAACACCUGCUCAAUACACAGUAUCGGAUGCACCCCUCAAUUAGCUACUUCCCGAAUUCACAUUUUUAUAACAACCAGAUUUGGGAUUCUCGUAAUGUUAAAAGAAAAAGCUACAAAAAAGUCUUUUUGCCAAGAUCUCCAAUAUUCCGAUCAUAUUCUUUCAUCAAUAUUCUCGAAGGGAGAGAAGAGUUCAUUGGCCGUAACUGGAGAAAUAUGGUUGAGGUAGCUGUUGUGAUGAAAAUAGUGCAGAACCUGUACAGUGAUUGGAAUGAGUCAAAACAGAAGCUGAGCAUUGGCAUUGUCUCACCUUACGGUGCUCAAGUACAAGCAAUUCAAGAAAAACUUGGAGGCAAGUAUGGUAACUGUGAUGACUUUAGCAAAGUGAAGUCAAUUGAUGGGUUUCAAGGUGGUGAGGAGGACAUUAUUAUAAUUUCGACUGUGAGAUUCAACAAAAGUGGAUCCAUUGGAUUCUUGUCCGAGCCACAGAGAAUCAAUGUUGCGCUUACGAGGGCCAGGCACUGCUUAUGGAUUUUAGGGAAUGAAAGAACCUUAACUCAUGGUGAAUCUGUUUGGGAAAUCUUAAUCCAUGAUGCUAAGCAACCCCGUUGUUUCUUUAAUGCUGAUGAAGAUAAGGAUAUGGCCAAAGCUAUAUUAGAGGCCAAAAAAGAGCUUAAUGAAUUGGAUGAAUUGCUGAAUGCUGACAGUAUACUUUUCAGAAAUCAAAAGUGGAAGGUUGUUUUUAGUGAUAAUUUCUUGAAAUCUUUUAAAAGAAUGAAAUCAAACCAUGACAAGAAGUCGGCUAUCAACCUUCUAGUGAAACUUUCAACUGGCUGGCGACCUAAGAGAAGGAACAUAGAUACCAUUUGCAAAAGCUCUUUGCACAUUAUUAAGCAAUUUAAAUUUGAAGGUCUAUAUACAAUUUGCACUGUUGACAUAGUAAAGGAAUCAAUGUACAUCCAAGUUUUGAAAGUCUGGGACAUAUUGCCUUUGGAGGAUGUUCCAAAAUUGGUAAAACGUUUGGAUGAUAUAUUUGUUAGGUACACUGAUGACUACAUCAACCGUUGCAAAGAGAAAUAUAUUGAAGGGAAUUUGGAAGUUCCCAAGACUUGGGCAAUCUCUUCAGAAAUCAUUCGAUUCAAGAAUCUUGCUGACAUUAAGAGUGGAAGUGACUUAAGUGGAGCUCCUUUAGACAGUAUGAGUUAUGUUGAGAAUUCAAAUGUGGCUGAAAGUUUGCUUUUAAUGAAAUUCUACUCUUUAUCAUCAGGUUUAGUGAGCCAUUUGCUUUCUGACCGUGAUGGUAGAGAAUUGGAUCUUCCAUUUGAAGUAACAGAUGAAAUUUGAUAAACUAAAUGAUUAUCAUCUUUUACCUUU